CAAGGCUCUCGUGGUUGCCUAAACCCUGUAGGCUCUGGCCUGACUCACACCCUCUGAUCCAAUCAACCAUUCCUCAGGCGCCGAGGGCUUGAAAUCGUGUCCCGAUCUCCCAUAUCACUGACUGCUUCCACCCGGGCGAGUUUCAUGCUGACGGCGGUCAAAGCAGGCUGCUGGUUCUCCGCAGCAGCCGCAGGCACCCUUGGGAGUGUUAUUGUAACAGUACUUACUGAGUGCAACAGCGUUUCCCCUUAAGGGUCCUUUCCUUCAUGACCUUCGUUUUCUUGCACACAGCACUUCAGGAUAGGCUUUCUCAUCUGCUUCCAUUACCCUCUAUUUCGGUCUGCGUUAUACAAUCGUUGGACAGGAAUAGCAUUCGAGUCUACACAGAGGCUGUUUGUGUCUUGUCCUUUUGUCACCAUGAGCUGCGAAGAAGGGUUUUCGGACGAAGAAGACCACCUCGAACCCUUGCGAUCUCAGAUCUUAGGUUGUCUUGAUGGAAUCCAUACUGCAGGGUCAUUUGUAACAAGCGCCCACGACGUCGAGCACGUUCACCCUGGCCUGGUGGUCAGUGGUAUCGGUCCUAUUCGACUUCCCUUGUGCCAGGAUGAUGCCAACGCUCUCAUUGGAUUGAGCCGUCGCGCUCCAUUCGGCAAGGGGAGCAAAACGUUGGUUGAUGAGACUGUGAGGAAGACUUGGGAGAUCGAUGGAAAAGAGUUGUCAUUCAAACAUGAAGCCUGGUAUAACUGGCUGGAUGGUGUUGUCGGAAAUGUCUCCAAGGGCCUGGGCGUCCAUGGCGGUGCUGGCAAUGUACGAGCUGAGCUCUACAAGUUACUGGUGUAUGAAGAGGGCGCCUUUUUCAAGCCUCACAAAGACACGGAGAAGACGAAAGAUAUGUUUGGAACUCUGGUCAUUUGCCUACCCUCCGAGCACGUUGGUGGCGGGGUACGCCUCAUUCACGGUCUGGACGAAAGAGUUCUCGAGACGGACAAGUGCUCCUCUUAUGGCGUCUCUUAUCUGGCUUGGUAUAGUGAUGUGUCCCAUGAGGUGUUGUCAGUUCAAUCCGGGUACCGACUCGUUUUGACAUACAACCUCAUCAACACUACUUCUGACCGUCAUCCUUCGGCCGCUGCACUGGACGUUGAACAGUCCAACAUCGAGGCAACACUCGGCGGGUGGUGUUCUAUGCCAGACAAACCACGGUUCAUGUGCUACGUUCUCCAGCACAAAUACACCAGUGCAAAACUCCGACUCAGCGGUCUGAAAGGUGAUGACUAUUAUCGCUGUUGUUGGCUCGACAGAGCUUGCCGGUCAAACGGUCGCUUCUGUCUUGUCUUGGCCCGGCUGGAGCUGACAGUCACUCGGAUUAACGACGAGGAAUGCCUGGAUCAGGGCGACGAAGAGCUCUGUUUGAACGAUAUUGUCACGCUAGAGGGGUUCCAGCUUCAGGAUUCCUUGUCCAUAAGGAAGGACAGUCUCGCACAGAGAGGACUAUAUGAGUCUCGUGAACACGAUGAACAAUGGGGAGGGGAACACUUGGGCAAUCAGCACGCUGAUAUCGAACAAGUAAACCGUGAUGCUGUCGCUGUCAUUGUUUCUCGGGACGAGAUGACGGAAUUUCUCCUUGGAAAUGGCCGUACCUUUGCCCAUUACGCGGAGUUUCUCCAACGGCUUCUCGCUGAGCUGAAGCGCCAGAACGGCGAUGAAGGUCAUCUCCUCCGUGAAAUGAUCGUCCAGACAUGCCAAAAGCACACCGAAAGACGGUACCAUAACAGUGGCGACAAAGAUCGUUUCAUGGGCGCAACAGCAGUAGCGUCACUACAAAUCGAGAAUCCCCCGGCAGCCAAAGCGGCCCUUCACGCUGUGCGGGACAGCUUCGACGCAUCUACCUUCCAGAACCUCGGUAGACUGGGGUUUGAGAAAACGAGAGAAUUUUGUACAGACGCCUUUUCUCGCAUUUCGAAACUGCACCUCGUUGCUCGUGGUCUCCGAGCGUUCCGCUCUGGUGUAUCAAGUGCUGUUCGAUUAGACGCCAGUGAAGCAUCAGAACAGGCCGUCUACCAAUGGGCUGUAGAUGUCCUCUUCAAGGCUUUGAGUUCGGUCGUAGUGGUCUUGCCCAAGGAUGCAGGAGCCAUAGUUCAGAUCGUCGACGCCUAUGAAGACGAAAGACUUUUAGAAAGGUAAGUUUUCUUCACCAUCUAAACGCAUCUGGUUCAUUUUUCUCUUUACGAGGAUGCUGGCUCAUCCUCUGCUCAUAUAGCAUGAACACUUUCGUAGGUCGCUUUUUCGAUGACGCGACCUUCAUAAACGCCCUCUUCGCGGAAAUCCUUUGCUACUCCAAAACGGUUCAGGAACCAAACUUGCUUGUGCAACGUCUUAUUCCACCAAUUUUCGACAAGGCAAUGUCCUCUUUCCGGUUGCAACAAUUUUCGUCUCUUUCGAAACUAAGGUCACCCCAGGAAGACUAUCCAUUUUCGUCGUGGCCCGAUAUCAUUUCACACAGCGAGAAGAGCGAAAAGGAUGCCUCUGUUGUUGCGUCACUGUAUCGUCAACUUGUGAGAGAUGAUUUGGACAAGGCGGGACAACUCCUUGAGAAGAUCGCGAACGACACUGCAAGUAUCCACCAAGACGACCUCGACCGCUUUAUCAUCCCACUCCUGUGCGAAAUGAUCGAUAUCCCCGAGCGUCAACCAUCUGAGGCUGCACCAUUCUAUUCCAAAAUUAUCUCCACCUAUAUUGAGAGGACGGUUCAGAAGGAGCCUCCGAAGCCGCAGGACUGGUCCCUACCGGACGAUGCCCGAGAGUGCUAUUGGGCAGACUGUACUUACUGCCCUGUUGUGCGUGAGUUUCUGGGGAAUCCAAGCCGAGAGGACUGGGACUUCACCAUUUCUGAGGAUCGGUAUUACGACUUCACUCGCCACCUGCCGUUUCAUUACACGACGACGAGGGGGAAAAGAGGAGAGCAUUACGACAUCAAGGUCACUAAGUCACUCAAGACAUAGGAACGAGAACACGAGGCAUGGCGAGGCAGAUUUGAACGUGCCCAAUCGGCUCUUCGGCGGCUGCCCGAGUCAUCCCUACGCCGAUGCCUUGGGGAUGGCGAGUAUCAGGACUUGAUGGGACUUCAAAUUGUCAAAUUGCCGACGGCGGAUGUGGCCACGGAUCCGCCAAACUCUGCCCAGGCAGUAGCAGCCGGGAAGCGGAAGAGGAAAAGGAGGAGGCUUUGAUCCCAAUAUGAAAGCAGAAGCUGCGGUCAUGCUUCUAGGCACCGGGAUGGAGGUCACUAUAUCAAAAUUAUACACCUCAAAAUUCACUUGACAUUUGGUCACCAGCUCCUUUGAUCGAUGACUGGCUUUGUUCGAUGUGCAAGCCGUUGUGAUCUUUUGUUGUUGUACAAAAACUCAGAUCUGCUCAUUUG